AUGGACACCCCACGUCCACGCCCGCCAGUCUGGUGCGGCAACCUCCUUACGAAGUUAAUACCCAUCCUCGGUAUACUGCUACUCUAUCGCAUCAUUGACCAAGAACUCGCCGCCAUGCGCUCGAAUCCCCACACUGGUUUUAUAGCAGCAGUUGCCGCGUCCCUUACACACCAUGCCGAGGCUGCCUCAACGGUUGAUCUGAGCUGGCACGCACCGAAUGCUACGGGUAUCAAUAACCUGACGGAGGUGAUUGGGGGCGAGGGCGUUUAUGGGUUCAUUUACAAUAGCUCUCACACGCCAGCGAGCCAGUAUGGGGUUUACAAUUGGUGCAAUAUGCCGCACGUGAGGGCGACCGAGUAUAAAAAGCCUGAGUCCGAAUACAAGUUACAGUAUGUAGAGGUAAUUCAUCGACAUCACAAACGCACUGUUUACGCUUCAAAUUCGUUCCCUGUCGAAUCUUAUGGCUGGGAUUGUGAUGAUGAGGGGUUAUUCUACUAUGGGCAACCGAAAAGUGGGAAGAAAUCUGCGCAUGCAUACUGGCAGGGCUACAUGUCGCCUCAGAAUCCUUUCAUACCUUCCGGCUUCCUGGGGACUUGUCAAUUUCCCCAGAUCACAGCGGAAGGGUUGGACGAUUCGUGGCAGCAUGGCCAUGAUCUAUAUGGGGUGUAUCAUGAUCUCCUGGGGUUCUUGCCAGACAAUGCAGAUGAGAAGGUUGCAUUUAAGGUGACGCAGAAUGUCAUCACCAGUGAAGUGGCAGGAAUGGUUCUCAAUGGCAUGUUUGGGACGCAGGAGGAUUAUCCACUGCUCGUGGCACCCAGUGGUUAUGAUCCCUUGGAACCAACAUACCCGUGUCUCGUCUCAUCAAACCUCUUUGCCGCCAUCCAGUCCGGUGGAAACUGGACAAAUCACCUGACGGCUGCAAGCUCAUUGUACGCUACUCUGGAUAACAUCUCUGGAGUGUCGCCUAAUGAUUCCGGAUUUCACAUGAGCUUCGAUCAUUACUACGACAAUCUUUCAGCCAGACAAUGUCACGGCAAACCCCUACCAUGCAAGCUCGUCGACGGGGUUAAUUCCACCACCUGCGUCACCCAGGAUAUUGCAAAUGAAGUCUACAGGCUAGGAAACUACGAAUACUCCUUCAUCUACCGCGACGACCCCCAAAGUCUCGCAGCAAGCGCGACCAGCUUCGGAGUAUGGAUCGGCGAGCUCACCAGCCACAUCCGGGAUUCCAUAACCGGGAAAAGCAACGUCAUUUACCGGCACAACGUUGCGCACGAUGGUUCGAUCUCGCGACUGCUCUCGGUCUUGCAGCUGGACGAGAUGGUGUGGCCGGGAAUGGGCUCUGAAGUCGUCUUCGAGCUAUACAAGAAGGAUCCAGCGCCCGCCACAACGGCGACAGCUACUGCUUCGGGCGUUGCCUCACCUUCAACAUCAAGCGCAGAAUCCCCGGGAUCCAUGAGCAUUAACAGGUAUUACAUCCGUGUUCUGUGGAAAGGACAAGUGCUUCAGAGUUCGAACCCUGGUUUAGGGUUGAUGGAUAUGGUUCCGCUGGAGACGGUGCUGGCGUAUUUUGAUGGAUUGGUGGGGGUUGGUGCUGAUUUGAUGCAGGGGAAGUGCAACGGGACGGUUCCUGUGUAG